AUGACACUGCUGAAAGGAAGACAACUCGUACAGGACAGUGUAGAUUUGCAACAGCAGUCCCGUAGCACACCAAUUCCACUGAAUGGUGCGAUUACCAAAUCUGAAGGUGAGACACUACUGACUUUAUUACAAGAUGUCGUUCUUCUGAAACAGGGACUUGCGUCGACAAUGAACCAAGUUACGUUUCUUCAGAGUGAGUUGAGAGAGCAACGAAAACUACACAAGAGUGAAAUUGAAAAUCUACGAGGCCAGAUGGAAACUCUACAGCAAUUUACCAAUUUGUGCAAUCGGACUAUCCAUGAAGGAAUACAAGAGGCAGGAAAGAACAUGUCUAGUCUCGUGGAAAGUGUUAGACAUUUGAACAGGUCCAUGGAACUCGAUCUCAACAUAGACCGUAAAACAAACGACUCUAGGAGUAGAGAAAUAACAACAAACACUGUCUUAUCUAGAAUGCAGACAAAGAUUCAACAUCUAGAAACAGAUGUAAACACCAGAAUUAGCUUCACAGCUGGGAGAACAGCCACUAAACAGGACUGGACGGUAGGAGAGAGAAUCGUAUUCACAGCUGUGAUUGACAGUCAAGGUGGCGGAUACAAUGCAAGUACUGGAAUAUUCACAGUCCCUAAAAACGGGACGUACCUCUUCUUCUGUAAUAUUUUGACGUAUGCUAACCACAACUUUAAUGCCGAUAUCGUUGUCAAUGGACACACAAAAGAGAGGAUUCAAGUGCAUUCUGUUAUGGGACGAACCCAUUUGGUGAAUUUUCUCAGCAUCUGUACCACUCUAUCUGUUGGUGCUACCACACUGAAGAAAGAAAAAGAGAUGUCAGCCUAUUUUGUGCAACUAGGCCAAUGA